AUGGCUGCUGCUGCGCCUUCUGGCGGCUCGUUCCUCCCAAGCCACUCGUCGUCGCCAUCUCUGCCGUCCAGACCUUCGCUCGAGCGGAAGAGCAAUGUGGACGGGAAGGAUGCGAGGACGCUGCUGAAUGGCGGACCGAUGGCGCCUGUGAGCGAAGGGCGGACGCGGCGAACGAUCGUGCCGGUGUGGAUGAUUGUGCUCGGGUGGAUAGCGCUGUCGGCGGUGGUCAUCUUGAUGAACCGGGACAUCCUCGUUGAGAAGCACUUCGACCACCCUGUUACCCUCACGACCCUCCAUCUCAUCUUCCAGACUUGCGCCACGCGCCUGCUGCAUCGCUUCACGACGCUCAUCUCGGGACCACCGCCUGCGGAAGAGUACGCCGCAGUCCCGCUCACAGACCCGUCGGAACCUCCCGAGGACGGUAACGAGGAGCAUGCGGCGUUGGGGAAGAGUGCGCAGCUUGAGCGGUGGAAGCGGAAGAGCGUCGAGAUGGAUUGGGACACCUGGAGGCGGCAAAUCCUUCCCAUCGCCCUCCUUUUCUCCCUCUCGCUCGUCCUCUCCAAUGCCGCCUACUUGUACUGCUCAGUCGCCUUCAUCCACAUCCUCAAGUCCUUCGCACCCGUCGCCAUCCUCCUCGCCGCCUUCGCCUUCCGAACAAAGGCCGUCUCGCUCCGCCUCUUCGGCAUUGUCGUCAUGAUCUCGGCGGGAGUAGGAAUUGCCAGCUACGGCGAAGUUGACUUCAGCCUCAUCGGCUUCUCAAUCCAGAUGGUCGCCAUCGCCAUCGAAGCAACCCGUGUCACCCUGAUUCAAAUUCUCCUCAACCCUUCCUCCGCCGCAACGACUGCCUCGCCCGACUCGCGUCCUCCCGCCCCGGCCAUCGCGGCUGGCAUGUCACCCCUCAAGUCGCUGUAUUUCUUCGCCCCAGCCGGCCUCGCCAUCAACAUCUUCUUCCUCCUCGUCCUCGAGGGCUUGCCAGCGAUUCGAGCAAUCCACAAACUCGGCGCAUGGACGAUCCUCUCGAACGCCAGCUUGACGUUCGCCCUCAAUCUCUCGGCUGUCAUGCUCAUUGGCGUGAGCGCGAUGGUGCUGAGUCUCAGCAAGAUCAUCAAGGACAUCUUGAUGGUUGUUGGGCCGGUCCUGCUGAUGGGCGAGAACCUCACGCUCAUGCAAUUUGUCGGUUACGCGGUUGCGACGGUGGGAAUGGUCGUGUACAAGUUCACGCCCAACUGA